AUGGACACUUUGUUGCGGACUCGAUACAUCUUCCUUUCCCAUCCGGACCUGGGACCGGCAACUGCGGAGUUGCUGCUGCAGCCUGUUACGGUAUUGGUCAUCGCCGUAUUGUCCCCUUCCGAUAGGAACGGGAUAGGUCUGACAGCUGAAUUCGCUAGCCAGUUGAAAGCCGAAGUGAAAUCAGAAUAUCGACGUUUCAAAUUCCGGUUACAGUCGGUGACUCGUUUCACCAACCCUGACUCCAAAGCCGCACUGGCUUCUUUUGCCACUCUCUUCGGUUUACACAUUCUUUCGAUUCCAUUCACCAUUUACUAUCGAAAACUACCGCUGGUACAUUGUGUCAUGCCUCCUCACUGUCAGUUUUCAGUAAUGGGAAAUUUUCAGUUUUCGGCGUUGGGUGUUGUCGGCACAGCUGCUUCCGUGUGCGCCGCAGUGUCCUUCUACAAGAUCCAUCCUUUAGCCGGAUGGCUUGCCGCACCGCUGACCAUAUUGGCGGCAUAUUCCACUGCCUUGAUGUUGGCCAUAACGUUUGACAAGGAAAACAGACCGAAGAACAGCGACUGA